CUUCAUCAACAAGAUAUAGAUAAAUUAUCUUCUUAAAACUGUUUUUGUUCACAAGUUGAGUUUGUGAUUAUUCAGAGUAGUAAAAAAACAAAUUCUUAUCUAGUUUUUCCAGUACAACAUUAACGGACCGAUCUAAAGUCAUAUAACUACUGGGAAACAAUCAUUUUAUUGCUUACAUCAAAGAAUUGAACUUCAAACCUCUAACCUCAAUUAAAAAGGUCAGGUGUAUAUUAAUGCCUCUGACUGAAUGAAGCACACUGUAUGUACAAUUAAUCAGCUUUAUGAAAGUUCUCGUGUUGACCGUAGUGUCCGGGGAAACUGUCGGUACAGCUUCCUGCCAUUUAGGAAGCUCUUUGAAAUGCUCAUCAAGACUUUGCCUUUCUUGGGUAAACAUCACUUCUGUCUGGGACGCUUGAUGGCCACAGAUUAGGACUGAGCAGGAAUUUCCUAAACUGUUGCCGCCCUCUCGAUCAUUAGCCCGGGCAAACCUCAAUCACAGAGAGAGUGAGGGGGAAUAUACCACGAGCUGGUGUUUGGAUACAAUUUUUUAUUUGUUGAAAUCUUCCAGCAGGACAGCGGGACAAAACAAACCAGAAAAGACGAAACAGGAUUUUGAAGGAUUAUCAGAGAGGGUCAUCGGAACGUGAACACUAUCACCAUUGUAGACGCAUAAACCCUGGGCCAACCUUUGACCUGCAGAUUGGCCUGAUUAGUCUCACUAUGAGUCAUGACUUGAAGAUAAUAAGAGACAUUUUACUUUCUUUUCUUAACCACAGACAGCAUUUGCUGUGAGACGGACAGGUGGACAGACUUUCAAGAAGAAGCCAAGACCAAGAAGCGCUGCAACCAUGAGUGAAUGGGGCUUCCUCAGUAGCCUCUUCGACAGCCUCCAGGCCCACUCGCCGAUGCUCGGUCGUUUCUGGCUCUUACUCAUGCUUGUCUUUAGGAUCCUGAUCCUGGGAACUGUAGCCAGCGACCUGUUUGAGGACGAGCAAGAGGAGUUUUCCUGCAACACCCUCCAGCCGGGCUGCAAGCAGGUGUGCUAUGACCUGGCCUUCCCGAUCUCCCAGUUCAGAUUCUGGGUUUUUCACAUCGUCCUCAUCGCUACGCCUGCCCUGGUUUUCCUCAUGUAUGCCAUGCAUCACCACAACAAGAGGGACAGCUGCUCCAAAGCCAGCCAAAUCAGCGGCCAGGACUACGGGGAAGAGCUCCGUUUGAGGAGGCUUUACAUCGUUAAUGUGGCCUUCCGCAUAUUGGCUGAACUCGGCUUUCUAGUGGGCCAGUGGUGGCUCUACGGCUUCAAGGUGGAGUCCCAGUUCCCCUGUAGCCGCUUUCCCUGCCCCUACACAGUGGACUGCUUUACCUCGCGCCCUGCAGAGAAAACAGUCUUCCUCUGCUUCUACUUCGGUGUAGGGGUGGUAUCAGCCAUUUCCAGCUGUGCAGAGCUUUUCUUCAGCUCCUUGAAGUGGUUCUGCAUGAGCCAGCCGGCCUACGCCCCGGAGCGCCACUGCGUCUGCCAGAACCUCCAGAACAUCAAGCAAGAGGAGGCGGAGGCGGAGGUGGAGGAGAAACCACGAGGAAGGGCAGCGUCAGAGAGGCUGCCCGGCAGCGUGAGGCUCAAGGGAGGGUCGCAGAGGAGCAGCAGCGCGAGCAGGAAGGUCUCCAGCAUCGGCCACAAGCACAGUGGAGGCAAAUAUGUGAGCCCCAGGACAUUCAUGGUGUGACAUUCAAACAUGCUGCAAUCACUUUAUCUAAAUGUUAUAAAGAUAUUACUAUUGCCUGUAUGCCAUUUCACUAAAAAAAGUAUUAAUGAGGGAAGGAGUUUUCUUUGAUGGGAGACAUCAUAAGGAAGUUCUUGGGAGACAGUCCUUUAAUCAGGAAAUGAGCAGAAGACUGAUGGCGCUGAUAAGGCGGACACAUUGUUGACUUUUGGUCUCAUGAAUCAUUACAGAACAUAAACAGUUCAGGAGGGAAAAAGAUUCUGGAUUACGUUUGUUUAACACUGAUUGCUUUUUUUGUUUCAAAGAGAACUGAUUGGACGCCCCUGAGCCACACCCUUGUUAACGG